CUUUUUUUCUCUCUCCUCUUCAUCCUCUUCUCGUCCUUUGUGUGUUCAAUCUUGAAUCAAUCACAAAACAACAACAGCAAUCAUGUCUACCUCUCUCGAUCAGCUCAAGGCCAGCGGCACUACCGUUGUGUCCGACUCUGGUGACUUUGCCUCCAUUGGCAAGUACAAGCCUCAGGAUGCUACCACCAACCCCUCCCUGAUCCUCGCUGCCUCUAAGAAGGCCGAGUACGCCAAGCUGAUCGAUGUCGCCAUCGACUACGCUAAGCAGAAGGGUGGCUCUGCCGACCAGCAGGUUGACGAUGCCCUCGACCGCCUCCUCGUCGAGUUCGGCAAGGAGAUUCUCAAGAUCAUUCCCGGCAAGGUCUCCACUGAGGUCGAUGCCCGUUACUCUUUCGAUACCCAGGCCUCCGUCAACAAGGCCCUUCACCUUAUUGAGCUCUACGGUGAGCAGGGCAUCUCCAAGGACCGUGUCCUGAUCAAGAUUGCCGCUACCUGGGAGGGUAUCAAGGCCGCCGAGAUUCUUCAGCGCGACCACGGCAUCAACUGCAACCUUACCCUCAUGUUCUCGCUCGUCCAGGCCAUUGGUGCUGCCGAGGCCGGCGCCUACCUCAUCUCUCCCUUCGUCGGUCGCAUCCUUGACUGGUUCAAGGCUCACACUAAGAAGGAUUACGCUAAGGAGGAGGACCCUGGUGUCGCCUCUGUCAAGGCCAUCUUCAACUACUACAAGAAGUUCGGCUACAACACCAUUGUCAUGGGUGCCUCUUUCCGAAACACUGGCGAGAUCACCGAGCUUGCUGGCUGUGACUACCUGACCAUCUCCCCCAACCUGCUCGAGGAUCUCCUCAACUCCGAGGAGGCCGUCCCCAAGAAGCUCAACGCCGAGGAGGCCACUGCUCUGGACAUCGAGAAGAAGACCUACAUCAACGAUGAGCCCCUCUUCCGCUUCGACUUCAACGAGGACCAGAUGGCCGUCGAGAAGCUCCGUGAGGGUAUCAGCAAGUUCGCUGCUGACGCCGUUACCCUCAAGGAUAUCCUCAAGGAGAAGCUCGCCUAAGCUAGCUACCACGCAUAAUGAGUACAAAGAAAUUGAAGGAAGAAAAAAGUUAAUAGGGCAAGGUUGCUUUGGGAGGUAUCGUGGAAUUGAGGCUGGCUGCGCGCAAUUGGCUUGAAUUGGUUCGCGAUAUUCAACUGUAAGCUAUCGUUGAUGAUACCACGAACAUAUCACUCUACCCGUCCAUUCAUGUGGAUUUGGAGACAGGCCGCGGCUCGGGAGGAUCAUUAAGAGGAGGUCGACAGGCACAGAUAGGAUUUGCAUAGGAAAUCAAGACGACAUGUCAGGCCCAUGAGCAAUGAACCCCUUGGUGAGAUGAUUAACUUGGGACCCAAGUUGGGAUUUAACUACAGUACAACAAACUCCAUGUUUAGAUGCUUUGGUAUAAACACCGCCGUUCUUGAUCCGACCGACAAGACCCGUGAACGCCACCCACCCAUCGAAAGACACGAUUGGCCUACCAAACCCAACACCCAUGUCCCAUCUUGAUGCUGCCCAGAGAGUGGUCAUGAUGACACCGAUAAAUAUCAUGAAAUCACAGGUGCCCGACUAGAACCAGCCCUUCUUGCACUCAACUUGGAAGGUCAGAGGCUUCCAGCCGCCAUCCUCGGUGCCCUGGAUAACGAGAGCUGUAAGAGCAUUACCCUUGACGCAACCCGAGUCGAGGCCGAAGGUGUAUGUGUCUUCUUUAUAACCCAUCUUGGCGUCAUGACCGUAGAUGAUAGAACGACGCUCAAUAGCAGGGAGCUUCUUCUGUUCGCUGUUCCACAGUUCGGACCAUUGCUCGCCCCCACGGUCGUUGACGGGGAUCCAUACAUCGCGGUCGCUGCUAAGAAGCUCCUGUGCGGGAUCGCUGGCCGGUGCUGCGGCAGCAGCAUCGGGCUGGGCGCGGGGGACGAGGACGGCGGCCUCUUGGCCCUCUUCAUCGGAGGAGGAUUCGUCCCGCUUGGGCAAUUUUUCGGCAAGCUUCUUCAGUUCCUCUUCCUUUUGCUUCUCCAACUCCUGCUGCUUCUCGAGCUCCUGCUUUUUCUUCUUCUCUUCCUGUUUGCGCUUCUUUUCAAUCUCCUUAAUAC